UAUUUUCCCAAGAGAAUCCAGCGUCUGAAUUUCCCUCUUUCUCUCGAGGUUCUUCCAGUCCCCCGAAAUUAAUAUUGUUUUACUACUCCCCCUCACAGUCUCCCAGUGGACUCGGGAAAGAAGAAUCGAGCGGGCAUGUAAGAAAGUGGGAACCAUACUUCCGCUUUCGAAAUUUUCCAGUGUAAUCCAUAUUAUCAACAACGUUUGAGCAGAAUCUGCCGACAGAAAUAAGGACGCUCUGUUAAAGAUGGAAGAUUUACAGCCCAUCUCAGCCACUGAACAAUCGACUUUCUGUGUGGAACUGUUGAAGCGCCUAAACAUUCAGCGAAAACAAGAUUAUUUGUGCGACAUUACUUUGGUGACGAACGACGACAGAGAACUAAAGGCUCACAGAAAUGUUCUUUCCGCUGUAAGUCCGUUCUUUUGCAAGCUUCUGCAGAGCGACAUGAAGGAGAAUCGCGAAGGGAUUAUUCAUUUUGAGGAGAUUCCAGGAUCUGUUAUGGAAGAUGUCUUAGUAUUCAUCUACACUGGAACUGUGGAAGUGACUCAGACGAAUGCCGAGGAACUGAUCGCCGCAGGGAAUUAUCUUAUCAUACCGAGCUUGAAAACUCUUUCAGGACGAUUUCUAGAAAGAGAAAUGUCUAAAUCAAAUUGCAUCUCGACCUUUUACCUCGCUGAGAAAUACGAUUGUGAGGAGCUAAUACACAACAGCAGGAAAUUCAUCAACGAAAAUUUCACGUCCAUAGGAGAAGAGGAUGAGUUUCUGAGUUUGCAGGCUAAGGAAGUGUCUAGGUGGAUUUUAAGUGACGAGAUUGCAGUGGAAGCGGAAGUCAGCGUCUUCAAGAUCAUACUGAAGUGGGUUGAACACAAUAAGAGCGAGCGAAAAGAAACAUUUGAGGAAUUGUUUCGUCACGUUAGAUUAAGUUUUCUGUCGCGUGACUGUUUGGAGGAUGUCGUGACAAACGAACUGGUACGUGAGAAUUUGGCUUGUGUGAAGCUGGUCAUGGAUGCUAUUGCAAAGAUGGCUACUUUUGUCGAUGAAGAUGAUCUGUCGAAGUCACCGAGAAAGGGAUAUGAUGCGCGUGUUAUUACUGCUCGUGGUGGCAUGUACACUUUUUGUUAUCUCCCUGAAGAGGACCUGUGGAAGCGCUUACCAGAUGGUCUGAGGGACAUAAACGCCAGUUCAACUGAGAUGAUAAAAUUCCGUGAUCACUUGUUUGCCUUUUCGCGCUCUCAAAAGUCAGAGAGAUACGAUCCUCUUUUUAACGCUUGGUCUGAGCUAAACUUAACUAUAAGUUAUGCUAAGGUUGCCGUUCUUAAAGGAGAAAUUUAUGCUGUUGAUGUUGACACAUUUCGCAAGUAAACUGCUACGAAGAGGUACAAUGUA